UUCUCUCCUCCUUUCGAAAACGUAAUACGGUUACGAGUCAACGUUGUGUAUUUCAGAGUACGUAGGAAAACAAACAUCCCCUUGGGUAGAAAAAAGAAAAUAUUAUAUACCAGAUAUAUAGGAGAAUUUUAAAAGGCACGUGGUGGAAGGUUAGAAUAGAGGAAGGGGAAAGAGAGAGGAAGGGAUUCUCGAAUCGUCUCUCGUGGCUACACCGUACCGGUGCUGGCAGUACCCAUACCGUCCGUAGUACUUUCGCCUCGAUCGAGAAAAAGUCUGGUGAGAAGGCUUCCGAGGACGCGCGUGCGCGAGCUCGUACCGGGAAGAAAAGUACGACGCGACGCGACACUACACGGCACAACAGCGGACGUACAGCAAGGAAGAAAACGACGGCCGCAACCGCGUGGGGGUGUUGGGUGUGUGUCGUCCCUGCGUGCAACAUUUAACAAUCGACGAAUAGAACGUGAGAGAGAGAGAGAGAGAGAGAGAGGGAGCGAGCGAGCGAGAGUGGGGGAAAGGCAAGCUAGAGCGCGCGGGUGUCUCGUCGUUCCUAACGAUAUUCCACACCGGCCGAAUACCACCAUGCGCUCGAAGCACGGCACGAUGUUAACGCUCCUCGCUUCGUCGAUGGCCUGAGCGAUCGCGGAUACGCUCGUGGUUAGGAUUCUCGCUCUCGCCUUUUCUCUUCGGUACGAACGAGAAGAUAAGUUCGGUGAGUCAUUCAUGAAACCGGCGAGUACUGGCGUUAUCUUACGUUUCUUCGCCGUUGGAAAGUAACGAGUGUUGUUUCGACAAGUUUUAAACGGAAGUGAGAAACGUGAAGGAUCGAGGGAAGGAGAAAACUCCGCGUAGAGAGACGGACGGACAGGUAGUAGGAGCGGAGGGAAUAAGAGGGAAGAGAGGGAAGAGAGGGACGGACGGACGGACGGACGGACAGCAGAGAGACGGAGUAUAUCGAGGAGGUGGGACCACCCCGUUGCCUCGUGUUUUUGUCUCUCCGCGCGUGCGAUUCAAGAUGGCGGCGAAGGUGGUCAGCAGCGGCGCUCAGGGAAGUACCGAGCGAGAGGAGGGCCCUGGGGUGUCCUACGCCAGCGUAGUCAAUCCGAAAGCAGCUUCGAACGAGACUACUGCCGGCAGAGUGGUGUCCUCGAGCAAGGGGAACAACAAGGAAAAUAUAGGCGGUCAAUUUGCCGCUCGUCAGUCAAACGCGACCGUUAAAGAACGCAUCGUCUCGUCGCAAAAUCUUCCUACCAAGGGUAAAUCGUAUCAGAGAGCUGGGAGACGAUUCGCUACAGCCACGCAACCGCAACAACUUGGAGCGGACAAGUGCCAGAACGAAUUCCAACUUGGCAAGGACGCGUCGGAGAAACCUUCCGUGAGAAAGGAGACCGUGCAAGAGUCCAAAGCUCGAGCCGAUGCGUCCACUACGGCGAUACCGGAACAAGAAAAAUUGAAUAACGGGGAUGUUGGAAGCGACGGAGAGUUUCAAACCGUCGCUCCUAAGAGCGCUAGGAGAAAAGAAAAGUUGAGGGAGCAACAAAGAGAACACAGAGAACGCCAUCGACAUCGCGACCACAGAAAUCGACUGCGAGGUCUUAGCGACGACAGUAAAGAGAGAACGACGAAGGAAAGAGACAGAACCGAAAGGAUCGGCAUGGAACACGUUCUUAAUAACAAGGAAGGUAUUAAAGAAAGGGAGACUCGAGAGGAAAACGAAGUCCAAGCGUUGGCUCCAGUGAAGUAUGUGGAGGCUCCUUUGCCAGCCGUCAAUCCUUGGACUAAAACGAAACCUCUUCAAUCUUCUGUUCAGCAACCGGUGGCUGCGCCUAGCGCAAGUGCGGUCUCUACGGACAAGCCAAGCGUAAAGGAGAAAAGAGUGUUGCAGCCUCAGCAGCAACGCUCGCAACAAGGGACAGUAGAAAAUGGACUCCCCACCGCAGCCGAGCCAACGAUCGUUAAAGUUUUAAAGGAUAGAAGAAAAGUCAACCAAAGGGCGAGCGAUUUCACGGAUAUCGGAGAUUGGCCAACGUUGGGAGCUCAAGAGAAGAAGACACCCGUGACAACUCCGAAACAAAAUGGUGUUGCCGAGCAAAAUAAUUCGAAGGAAAGCAAUGGACAUACGAUCGAGAGUAAAGGAAAGGAAAACAAAGAGCAUAAUCAAUGUCAGGAUGACAGCGAUGAACACACGGACAGUAGCGAAAAAAGAAAGAAAGUGAACAAACAAAAGUGGGUUCCAUUUGAUAUAGAUAUAACAAAAAAUAGAGGCAAGAGAGAACGCUCGCCAAAAUAUCAACACCAAAGAGAAAAAAAUAACGAAGAUGGAGAAACCUGGCGAGAUAGAGAAUACGAUAGACCAGGAUACAAUUUUAGGGGUGGUCGAGGUGGACGAAGCUUUAGGGGCAGAGGACGUGGUGGGCGUGGCGGCAUGUCUCGUGGUAACUUUAGACAUAGACACGAUCACGAUUAUUCCAAUUAUACCACGGAAUAUGCUCAGAUGCAAAAAUUUGGUCCACUCGAUCCAGCGUACAUGAUGCCAUACAUGGGAACGUUUUACUUUAGUAAUGCUAGUUUCAUCAACAUGGAUACAACGACGCUUAAAGAGUGCAUAAGAAAACAAAUAGAGUAUUACUUCAGCGAAGAGAAUCUGUUACGUGACUUUUUUUUGAGACGCAAAAUGGAUGCUCAGGGAUUCUUGCCCAUCACGUUGAUCGCAUCUUUUCAUCGCGUUCAAACUUUGACGACCGAUGUGUCUGUGGUGAUCGAGGCUAUAACGGAAUCGGAGAAAUUGGAGUUGGUCGAUGGAUUCAAGGUCAGAACAAGGAUCGAUCCAUUAAAGUGGCCCAUCCUGGAUGCAGCUGGGAAUCCCGUUUAUUCCGAUUCGUCCGACGCAUCGGUAUCCUCUCGAAACGAAGUAAUACAUCCUACAUCCGAGGUUGAAUUUUAUCCAGCUGCGAGACCCUUAUCGUCGAUUCCUGUUCCCCCAGUUCCUCGAAUCCUCCAAUCGAAUUACCAAUUACUAUCGACAAUAGGAAGAAUAAGCGAAUCCGAGAGUAUCUCAUCCUCUAUGGGCGAUAGUUUGAAUCCGGACGUGCCUGAAUUUAUACCCGUAGACAUGACAAGCAAGCUCACAUUGAGUAAACAAGUAAGUCAACAACGAGAAAACGGUCUAUCGAGAAAAGAUGAAAUAGUCAAAAUACCAAAUUCCGUUCUUCCUGAACCAUCGAGUAAUGAAUUGUCUCCACUGUCGACCAAUGAAUCGAGUAGCAGCGAGUCGAUAACCUUGAAUGAUAAAACGCACACAGAGAAUUGUAUCCCACCGAAAGUACAAAUCAACGACGAGAAGUCGCUAGCGCCUUCGUCGCCAUCCGAUAACAGUUGGAAAGAGGUAAAAAGGAGAGUGAAACAUUCGCAUAAAGAAAAAUCUGAAGAAAAGGAAAAGCCCGGCAUUCAUAAAAACGAGGAAAGAGAAGAAUUGGAUUUCCAAUUUGACGAAGAAUUGGACACACCACCACCGACUGGACGACACAAUGCUUUUUCCGAAUGGUCAGAGGACGACGAAGACUAUGAAUUAUCCGAUAGGGACGUUAAUAAGCUGUUGAUAGUUACGCAAAUGACUGUUCCGAAUUCGUCGAGGAUACCUAAACACGAGGGUCACGAUCGUACGGGCGAUUGGACAACGAGAGUAAAGAUGACGCAAGAUCUUGAACAGGCUAUCAAUGACGGAUUGUAUUAUUACGAAGAGGAUCUGUGGAACAAGGAUGGGCAAAGGUACGGUUCGUCGUCUUCGAUUAACAAUUACAAAACCGUAAACGUCAUCAGCCAAGAGGACUUCGAGAAAAUGGCGCCGAAGCCUCCAAGAAAAGCCAAUCCCGAAGUUCCUCCGCCUCCGCCGUCUGCCGUCGAGGACUUGGACAUCUCGCAGUCUCCUCCCGUACAAGUUCCUAACUCGUCGGAAGGCUCGACCAAAAGGGAAAGAAAGAACGAAAAGAAUCGUUGGAACGACAAAGCGAAAAACAGCAGAAGUGGAAGACGUGGAACCGUUCCAAGAUUCUUUGCGGUGGUCAAGGACGAACCAUCGGUCGAUCCCCGAACGCCGCGUAAACGAAAGACUCGUCACAGUAAUAACCCUCCUGUAGAACAUCACGUCGGUUGGAUAAUGGAUGUUCGGGAACACCGUCCACGUACUUACUCUACGGGAAGUAGCGCUGGAACGAGCCCCAGUGAAAGUUAUCUGGCAAGUAGUUACGGAAGCGCGCCCCAAUCCUUGCCGAUAUUCCAGCAUCCCAGUCACGCCUUGUUGAAGGAAAAUGGAUUUACUCAACAAGUCUAUCACAAAUAUCACUCGCGUUGUUUGAAAGAACGCAAAAGAUUAGGUAUCGGCCAAUCCCAAGAAAUGAACACGCUCUUCCGUUUCUGGUCGUUCUUCUUGCGAGAAAAUUUCAAUCGCACGAUGUACGAAGAAUUUCGAAAUCUAGCCAAAGAAGAUGCCUUGGAGGGCUACCGUUACGGAUUGGAAUGUUUAUUCAGAUUUUAUAGUUACGGCUUGGAGAGGAAAUUCAGACCGCAGCUGUACAAAGACUUCCAAAUCGAGACGAUAUACGAUUAUGAAAGUGGACAAUUAUACGGAUUGGAGAAAUUCUGGGCCUUCUUGAAAUACUACAAAAACUCUGACGACCUUCACAUCGAUCCGCAAUUACAAGAAUAUUUAUCCAAAUUCAAGAGUAUCGAAGACUUUAGGGUCGUAGAGCCCCAGAUUAACGAAAUGCUCCAAGGAUUCGCCACAAACGCCCGAGCACAAGCAGCGAAAAGACGUAACAGAAGUCUUUCCGAAAGUGGAAGUGGCAGUGGUACCGAUGGUUCUCCGAUAAGUAGAGUUCGACGGCUCUCGGGUGGUUCCAGUACGGUCACUUUACCAACGUCUAAUUCCGACGUUCCUAACAACCAAAAAUCGCGCGUUGACACGGUCAAUGUGUCACAUUUUCGUAGUAGGGCGGGUUCUUUCGGUUCCGGAAGAAUAGGACAUCCGAGACGAAAGAACGAUCCGGCUUCGUCGAGUAGUCAGCGUGAUCUCAGUAAACAACAACCGAGGAGUAGACAAAAUUCUUGUUCCCUCGCAAAGUCUUACGAGACGAGUAAGGUUCAAGCCACUGCCAGACAUCAGUCCAGUAACAAAAACGAACAGAAGUCUGUAACGAGUAAGGCCGAAGGGAGUUUGUCGGUAUAUCAAAAGUGAUUCGCUCGUUGGUAUCAUCACCUACGAACCAUCGUUUUUGUGCGGAAACAUUGAAGAGACAAGGUGAGGAAAAGUCUAUCGUUUGAAAUGGACUCGUGUAAAAACGUUCGCGAUCUUGGAAAAGGAUGAACGAGAGAGAGAGAGAGAGAGAGAGAGAGAGAGGGAUAAUGGUGUUCUCAAAAGAAAUUGUUCAAGGAUGUAAACACGAGAAGUAUCGUCUAUUGAAAGAUCGAUUGUCGUCGUCGGGACGUAUGCUUAAGCCUUAAACCGGUAUUUUAAAGCUCCUCGCAGCGAAACAUCCUACUCCGAGAAUUGUGCGAAUUAUAAGGUACGUCGUCAGUCGUGAAAAUGUUUUAGAAUUUUAUUUAACUUUUAAGAUGACAAUUUAACCCAUUUUUCAAUCCUUGCUUAGAAUGCCGUAGCUGUUAUCGCGUGAAAGAUUUUUACUCGAUUCCACUAAUUCCUUAGGACUUUCGUUAGAGGAACUGUGAGAACGAAUGAAAAAGUCGAUUGGUAAGAAAGCCAAUCAUAACCGUUUCUGUGAAAGAUCCAAAUCCUUAUUUUGUUUAUUCUCUUGCGUGCAUAAUUAUUUGUCUUUGGUGGAUGAGUAGCUAAAAUUUCUUUUUAAAUCGAUCUUUUACGGACUGAUUAACGUGUUGAAAAUUG